CUUUUCUAUUUCUUCUUUUUUUAACCUCUUCUAUAUGACUCGCACGUAUCAACGAAGGGUGUCGUUUGAUAAUGUCACUAAUAUUCCACCUGCGUAUCAUUCAUUCACCUUGAAACAAUCAAGCCAUGGGUUCAUUCGAACAAGAAGAUGCCGUACAUUCAUGGUUGCUAUUGAUGUGUUUGAAGGCACGAUUGAAGCGCUGUCAUUUACACUGACCAGUUUAGUGGAUGAAGGAGAUGAAAUUGUGGUGGUAGGAGUUUAUUCACCCAUGACGACACAAGACAUGACACCCAAAGAAAAAGCUCAGCAAAUGAUGGAUUGGAUUGUGCGUUCGCAUCAAGGAGAUAAUAUUAAUAUGGUGGUUGAAUUGACCUUUGGUAGACCCGAAGUCGCUCUGGAAGAGAUGAUUCGUAUGUAUCAACCGUCCAUGUUGGUGGUGGGUUCACGAAACAAACCCAAAUACAAACAUGCGUAUUCAGGUGCAGGUAUCUUUAAAUACCGAUUGAAACAUUCAACCAUUCCUGUCAUUGUUGUGCGAGACAAAGAGAGUCUGGAUAUCAAACCUCAAAAGAGGCUAAAGAAGUCAUUUUCUCUAUUUAAUUGUACUUAUUACUACACUUCGGAAUGAACACAAAUAAUUAUUUAUAUCCCGAGUUUUUUUUUCCUUUUUAAUUUUCUUUUUCUUCUCUUCUUCUUUUAUUAAAAGGCUAUCCAGUGACUUUUUUUUU